AUGACCUACGGCUGCUCCUCUGGAAACUUCUCCUCCCGCUCCUCUGGGGGCUGCCUGCAGUACCCAGGCUCCUCCUGUGGCUCUUCCCACCCCAGCAACCCGGUCUACACCACUCAUCUGCAAGUUCCCAUCACCUACCAACUGGACUGUCCUCUGUACAGCGGGUGUCAGGAGACCUCUGAGCCCGCCAGCUGCCAGAGGUCCUGUGUGGUGUCCGGCCCCUUCCAGACACCCUGCUACCGCCCGAAGAUCUCCACCCUGGGCAAUACCUGCCAAACAACUUUCUCAGGAUCUCUGGGCUUUGGGCCCAAGGGCUUCCAGUCUUUUGGCUGUGGCUCCCCAUCGUUGGGCUUUGGAUCUACUGGUUUCCAGUCAGUGGUCUAUGAACCCCGCACUUUCUCAUCCCUAAAUUGUGGAUCCAACUUUUACCGCCCAACCUACUUCCCUUCUAGAAGUUUCUAG